UACACUUUGUUCUGAAAGUUGAUUUUAUUUUACAACUUAGCAGCAUUUAACAAAUCCAAGAUAUUAUUUUCUUCUAAUUCUUCAAAACCAACUUCGUUUCCUAAACUUAAUAUGUCGUAAAAGUUCAGAGCUUCUACUAGCUGCAGGAGAGACACAAUCGAGAAAAAUGUUUUUCCACAAUAGGUUUAAUCUUGCUGAUUUCAGUUCAUUCCAUGAUUCGCCAAUAUUGCCCACAGCAUCCUUAAUAUUAUUUUUAUUCCAAAACGGAAGAAUAAACGAUUUAGCCUCAGUUUCAUCAAUGAGUUUUCCUAAAUAUUGCUGUAUUAAGUUUGAAAUAAAAUCCUAAAAUAAAACUGUAUUUAAUAUUCUAGUGAAAUAAAAAAAUUACCUAAACAGUUCUUUUAAACAUUCCAUUAAAACCCUAUCCGACUAUUUAAAAAUCCUUAAACGAUUUUAACCAGAAAAGUUCCUCUAAAACCCAACACCACUUGAAUACCAAAUGAAUCGCCAUAAAAAUAUAUAAAAACACCUGCACGUUUUAUGCCCACGUUUUUUCUUAAAAUUAACUCGAAAAAAAAUAAAAAACGGUUAAUUCCUAUGUUAAUACCGAAUUUACUGCCCGCAACUUUAUAGGAAUCCGUGUCUUCUCCUCUCGUUGAAUUAAUUUUUGACAAAAAAUAUAUUCGCGUGUUACAAAUCGAACAAAAUUAUAGACGAAGAUAUAAAAUCGAAAAGACUAACAUAAGAUACGGUUUUGAAUAUACAGUUAAGUUGAAAGACCUCUUUACAUGUACCACGCGCCAAUAUAAGAUCAAGCGGAUGAAAUCAAACGGUUUUAGUCGAUUCAACACGACGAACACUGUUUGUUCUUAAAUAUCAAAAUGAAAUUUCAAAAAAAGUUAAUCGCAAUAUUUAUUUGCGUUUUAUGUACAAGUGUAGUGAAAUUUGUUGAAACGACAAUUUUAGCCACAUUACUUGGUCAAAAUCAACCCGGUUUUAGCAACUUCGAUAAUAAUCUAAACAAUUUGGGAAAUUUUGCAAAUUUAGGCAGAAGAAGAUGUCCACUUUGUGAUUCAUCGGUUUACAGUUAUUGCAGCGAUAAAUUAUUUCAUGAUUCAUGUUGUUGUCACAAUCCAAAUAAUCCUUACGAUCGGCUUCCAUAUGAAUGUCAAUACGCCGAUUGUUCGUUCAUACACGCCAAUACUUGCCAAGAACAUAAAUUAAUUACCGCAUGUUGUUGUAUUAAUCGCGUAUAUUAGUUUUUUUACAUAAUAAUUUCAAACUGGGAUUAGAAAUUAAAACAAGAUUACAUGUAAAUACAUUUAUUAAGUUACUUACAUGGUUCAUCUAUUUUUUUUUUUAUUAUAUUUUUUUACCUAAAACAAAUUAAUUCUUAAUAAACG